CCUUCAGUUAAUCGAAUCAAAUGUCUUCUUGCUGGUAAUUACGUCUCGUCAAAAUAAAUCAACGUGAGAUGUCUCGUAGAAUGAUUGAAGUAGAAUGAUGUCGAAAUGUCAUCGAAUGUAUGCCGAUGGGAAAUAGAGCCUUAAAUUUGAAACAGCAGAUGGAAGCGAAACGAAAAGCAGUAAUUAAAUAAGUUAUUAUUACACUGGAUUGUCUAUUGUACUGGAUCAAAGAAAGAUGGGCAAGUUUUGUUCGUGUUUCUCAAGAUUCAGAGCAAUUUUUAGACCCGAAACUGUUACGGACAGUCCUCUUAGACCAAUAUGCACAAAACCGGAAUGUCUUCCACGGCCACCUGCUGCAUCUGAUUCUGGGGAAGACUUUGGUGUGCCAGUCUUGACAAUUAUAAGCGUGGAUCCGUGUAUCGCGGAAAAUGGAGGAAAUCAUAGAACGUUCAGAUACGACUUGAUGGCCAGACAGGAUGACAAAUCCAGACUCGUCGUCAGACGGGGACAGGAAUUUUACUUGCAUUUGACUUUGUCCAGAGAUUAUGAGCCAAGAAUUGAUGGUAUGUCGAUAGUUUUCACGGUUGACGGAGUUGAGAGGCCGCAAUACGGCCACGGAACCCUCGUCGCGAUACCUGUUCUUUACCCGGGAGAACCGUCCGAGGGUUCCUGGCAAGCUACUAUUGACGCCAUUCAACCUAAUUUCAUUCGAUUGAAGAUCGUGACAGCUCCCGACGCGAUAAUAGGCAAAUGGAAGAUGGAUAUCGAUACUAAAAAUAAGAAUUUGGAUGGAGCCGUUAGUUACACAAUGAAACAACCGUUCUAUUUGAUCUUCAAUCCUUGGUGCAAAGAGGACGCGGUGUACAUGGAAGAAGAAGAUAACCGACAGGAGUACGUGAUGGCGGAGGAUGGUUUGAUAUGGCGCGGAAGUUACAAUCGUUUGAGACCAACAGUCUGGAAAUAUUCGCAGUUUGAGCGAGAUAUAUUAGACUGCGCGCUGCAUUUGAUGAUUCAAGUUGGGAAAGUUCGAGUCUCCGGUAGAAGUGAUCCUGUCAUCAUAUCUCGCAUUUUGUCCGCAGCUGUAAAUUCACCGGAUGACAACGGUGCGGUGAUGGGCAAUUGGUCAGACGAUUUUGCGGGUGGUACACCACCAACCAAAUGGUUGGGCUCGCAAAAAAUCCUUCAACUAUAUUACAAGACGAAAAGACCGGUUAAGUAUGGCCAAUGCUGGGUAUUCUCAGGAGUGUUGGCCACUGUUUGCCGCACCCUGGGACUGCCCUGUCGAAUUGUAACCAAUUACGCGAGCGCGCACGAUACUCAAAGCAGUUUGACCGUCGAUUAUUUCGUCGAUGCCGAGGGGAGAGUUAUGGACGAGUUGAACAGCGAUUCGAUAUGGAAUUUCCAUGUGUGGAACGAGGUAUGGAUGACUCGGUUGGACCUGUCGUCGGAAUAUUCUGGUUGGCAAGCGAUAGAUGCAACUCCUCAAGAACUGAGCGAAGACGCGUAUCGUUGCGGACCAGCUUCUGUCGCCGCUGUGAAGAAGGGCGAGGUCCUCCGACCUUACGACAAUGCUUUCCUUUUUGCCGAGGUAAACGCGGACAAAGUAUUCUGGCGUUACAACGGACCGACUCAACCUUUAAAGUUGAUUCGAAAGGACGUAUACGGCAUUGGACAAUUAAUUAGCACGAAAGCGGUCGGUAGAUGGGCGAGGGAAGAUAUCACUCAUACUUACAAGUAUCCAGAAAAAUCGGAGGAAGAACGGGCUGCCAUGUUAAAGGCGUUACGUCAAAGUCAAUCGCUGUUCAGCCGUUAUUACCUUAACGAAGAGUUUAACGAAAUUAUGUUCGCCUUCGAGCUACGUGACGAUAUCAUCAUCGGACAACCUUUCAGUGUCGUGUUGAUGAUUAAAAAUAGAAGCAGCCAUAGUGAAUAUCAAGUCUCAGUGAUCUUGAGAGUAGAAACAGUUCUAUACACCGGACGGGUCGGCGACCCAGUGAAAAGAUUAAAUAUCGAUCGAUUGGUGAGACCGGAAGUUGUCGAGGAAGCACGUAUGGAAGUGUCUUGGGAGGAAUACGGACCUCGACUAUUGAACCAAUGCGCGUUCAACAUUGCCUGUCUGGCCACUGUUAAGGACACUAAUUUCGAAUAUUUCGCGCAGGACGAUUUUCGUGUGAGAAAACCUGACGUUAAAAUCAUAGUGAAUAGUGAACCGGAAGUUGGCAGAACGCUGUACGCGACGGCGAAAUUUAAAAAUCCAUUACCCAUCCCAUUGAGAAAGUGUAGAUUCCUGAUCGAAGGGCCAGGACUGGAGGAGCAGUUGAAAUUGAAACUGUCAGAACAGGUAGAGGUGGACGCAUACGCGGAAUGUUCCUUCUCCAUGGUACCGAAAUACAAAGGACGCGCUACAAUUGCUGUGAAAUUUUACUCGAAAGAGCUCGAGGAUGUUGACGGUUUCAUCAAUUUUAUGGUGAAACCGACGAAUGCCGUCACGAACGGCGAAUAACUGCCGCUUAGGAAACGGAAAUCGAUAGCGUAAAGCAUAAGCUAUACGUUCACAGGUCUUCCAUCAAGCUUUAUCUUUUAAGUAAGUAUACUCUCGUUGUUUUGUACAGGAAAUAAAUGUUUGAAAAUCG